AUGGCUUCCCGCAACUUUAUCCACUCUGGUCGCAAGAUCAUCGCCAUCGGCCGCAACUUUAGCGAGCACGCAAAAGAGCUCGGAAACGCCGUCCCCAAAUCGCCCUUCUUUUUUCUCAAGCCCACAUCCUCAUUCAUCUCCAACGGUCAAGCCAUCGAGGUCCCCAAGGGUUGUGAAGUCCACCACGAGGUUGAGCUGGGUGUCGUUAUCGGAAAGGACGGUCGUGACAUCUCGGCCAAGGAUGCUCAUCACCACAUUGCGGGGUAUACCUUGGCCUUGGAUAUGACGGCUAGGAACUUGCAGGAUCAGGCCAAGAAGGCCGGCUUGCCUUGGAGUGCGGCCAAGGGCUAUGAUACCUUCACACCUGUGGGGGAGUUUAUUGCGAAGGAUGCUAUUCAGGACACUAAUGAUGUCGAUCUGUCGUUGAAGAUUGAUGGCGUUACGAAGCAGAAUGGAAACACCCGCGAUAUGAUCUUCAAGAUCCCUUCAUUGAUCGAGUACGUCUCAACCAUCAUGAAGUUGCAAGAGGGCGACGUUAUCUUGACCGGUACCCCCGCCGGUGUUGGCCGUGUCCUCCCCGGCGAGACUGUCACCUGCGAGUUGGCCUCCAAGGGCAAGAUUGUUUCCCAGCUUCGCUUCCCUGUCAUUGACCGCCCCAACAAGGCCUAA